AUGGAUGCAAAUAUUAUUAAUAUCUACGAUUUACCCAGACCUUUAAGUAACAUCAUAAUCAAACAUGUAGGAAUAAAUCAAGAUUGGAUGGUGGUUAAAAUAAUUCCAUUUAAAAUUCACGUGUUUUGUAAAGAAACUCUUAAAGAAAUUUGGAAAUUUCCGUUUGAUCCAAUUGAUAUAUGUCAAGACUUUUUGUAUGAUUCGAUUAAUUCAUAUUCAACAUCGGAAAAAUCAAAUGUUAACAUGUCCUUUUUAGUCUUGACAAAGGAUGGAUCUAUAUGGAAGAUUCAAUCUAAUGUUCAAAGAAAUAAAAGAACUUUUGAUUCUCAUCAAAGCAAUGAAAAUACAUCACCAAUGCAAUCAAGACAAAUCAGAAAAAAUAACGUAUUUGACAGUAAUUAUUCACAGAAAAUAUCUCAUCUAUCAAAUAAUGGUUAUUAUAAUUUGUUUACUACUCCUCCUAUAUUUACUGCUGGGAGUGAAUGUCUAAUCUUUUCAAAGGAGGGACUUUGUUCGCUAUUUCCCUGUAAUUUGUUCAAUGAUAAUGGAAUUUUACUUGGAAAAAAAGAUGGAGAAAUCGGAUUUUUAUCAUUAAAAGAUGGAAUAGUGUCAGAAUAUAAUUUAUUCGUACCAAUUGAUAAUACUGAAGAAGUUUAUCUUUAUGCUUUAUCCAGUUAUGAUACAGAUCUGUUGAUAACUGGUUAUUCGAGUGGCAUACUGUCAUUUCAUUAUUUUUUUAAGGGAAAUGUUGAAUCUGAUAUAUUCACUUCAUUGAAUGAAUCUAUUCAAGCCAUUUAUACGUUACAUUUAAAACAAGAUGAAGAAACUAGAUUAGGAUCUAGUUUAUUUCGACCCAAACCUAAAUUGUCCACUGUUCACAAUACAUUGCUCAUAGUUGGAGUAUUUUGUCCCGAACCCAGUUCAUUCCUCAAUCGGUUGGUUGUAACAGCUGGAGAAGGUCGCAUAAUUGUUAUAAAUUUCGAUAGAAACAUGUUUUCGGAUGUGGGUUCAUUUGAUGGAAUAUUGUAUGCUUUAACAGUUGGUGGAAGAUUAAUUCGAUCUCAAUUUUCAGUCACAAGCGACCAAACUCCAAAACAAAUGAUGAGCGUUGAACAAUUGAAGGAAGAAAUUCACAAGCAAACGAUUAUUAUCAAAGAAUUAACGUCCAAGCAAGUAGCGUUGGACAAACUUAAUGCGGAAUUAAAUCCUGCAAUAAUUGUUCGUAAUGAAGUUAUUCAUGAAUUGCAACGCGUACAUCAAAAACGUGAAACUGACCAACAGUUAGAUGAAAAUAAUUUGCCAUUAAUUGUGGAAUACUUUCCGAUAAUUAUGCCAAUUUCUAUGAAUGGAAGUGUUACGCAAAGGAUAUUUUUAAGAAUUCGUUUAACGAGCAGAAUUGGAAUUCAAUGGUCAAAAUGGUGGUCAUUACUUGUUACCAUGACACAUCAUAAAACUAUUGGUUCUUCGAAUCAUGAAAACGAUAAACAAGAGAGUUUAUGUUAUUCCGUAUCAUUAUUGGAUAUGACGUCCGCAUGGGAGCGAGACAUUGAAAUAAAUUUACGAUUUUUACAAUUUCCCAUCAUGAUUAAACUUGCAUUAUGCUUUGCACCUCCAACGCCAAUAGAUCAUACGAACGAAAUUCAAUAUCAACCGCAGGCAACUUAUUUUCCUUUGGUGAAUUUACAGUAUGAUAUAUUGGAUUUUAUAAAUCCAUGUCCUCAGCACAUUUUACAAAGAUUACAACAGGAACGUCAUUUUACAAUGUAUCCUUCUUUACCUGAUUUCAUCACACCAUUUGAUGGGAAUUUUUUUGCUACCAAGGGAGAUUUAAGAAAAUUUAUUGAAAAACUUAUGAGCAAACCAAACGAGGAAUUUAGACCCUAUGCAGAUUUUAUAUCAUCAUUAAAUAUUAACUCAACGUUUAUAAAAUUUUUCUUGAGAUCAGGUGAUAUUUCAGAAGUAAUUGACUUGGAAAAAGGGAAUAAUGGUUAUGACGGAGCUUGGAAACGAUGUUUAUCAGUGUUGCUAGGAGAAAAUGUUGAAACAGAAAAGUUGCAGGAAAUUAUUAAAUCCGUCGAUUAUGCAGUAUUUACAACUUCAAUGAGUCUUGAGCCUGUUAUUUUGAAUCUCAAAAAAGUGGAUCUGAUAGAAUGCUCGAAUGGAGUUCCAGUCGAUUCAACACCUGUCGAAAUAAGGAUUACAUGUCGUACAGCUGAAGUCUUAUUACUCGUUGAGGCGGCAUUAUUAUCAAGAUUACAAGAUUUUUGUGUAGAUAAUCCUCCGACAAGUUCCGAAUCAUCCGUUUCAUCUUCAAUGAAAUCAAACGUGACAAUCAAUAAUAAUAAAUCUGUACAACCAAUAACGUCUGUUGACCUAACGAGCCAAUUAAAUAUUAUCAAGGAAGAUUAUAAAAAUUUGAUUAACAUGCUUGAAGAUCAACCAAACGAGAUGAAUUCCACAGAUAAUAAAGAGGAAGCAACUAUUGAAGGAAAUCUUGGUGAUUGGAAUAAAUUAGAAAUGGUGGCCAAUAGAUUAGAAAAUAGAAUUGUUGACAUUUUUAAAAUUGUUAGAAAAGAAUUGGAAAAGCAUUGGAUAAGUGGAGUUGUUGAAAUGUAA